CUGUGGCGCUAGCAACUUAGCUGAGAUGCGCAAAUUCAUUUGGAAUGUGAAUGUUAUUGCUCAACUAGUUGUGUGCUUUACCUCAUUUAAUCACUAUAUAUUGGCAUACGGGAUUUUGCCUUUAUGACAGAAAAGAAGGAUGUUGCUCCAAGACACUUAGCUCUUAUUGGUCAUCAAUUCACCAUUGAUGUGGCUUUGAUUUGUUUUUGUCAACGUAAUUGUAACUGUUACACUUGUAUCCACAUGCCACAUGCGUUAUUUUUGGCCUUAAAGCUGCAUAUUGUACACAAAAAUAAUUGUGCAACUCGGGGAAAAAGGUUACAAGCAUCCCUGGAGUAUGCAUCGACUUGAAUUUGUAACUUUUUUGGUACAGUCUUUAUUAUAACUUUGUUACCUUAAGCUGCCACAUGAAGAAUGCUUGAUUCAUUUUUAACUAUGUAUUUUCCAAAGCACCUUCGUGAAAGCUUUCUAGUCUUUGAAAACUUAGUUGUUUCGGUCCACAUUUUUUUUUAAUUGUCACCGGUGCAGUAUUGCUAUUCCGUUCUCCCCUUAUUGUUAUUUUAUUGUCUGCUUCCUGUUUAGCAUAUAGGUUCUGGACCGUUCAACGGGAUGGUGUGUCUGCCUUUGAUUACUUUAGCAGAAAUAAUUUUUUGAAAGGUUUCUUCAAGAAGAUUUUAACCAUAUAAAAUAAUCUGAUAGGCUAAGUGGGUGUUGGGUUUCACCUCCAACAAUUUAGUACUUGUUACUAGACGGAACAAACAGAACCUAUCAUUUUAUGCUUCUGCGUCAAUAGUGGAAAGGACUCAAUUUUAGAUCCAAGGCAACGGAGGUUCAAACAUUAUUUGAAACAUUGAGUACAUACUUUUUCGUCCGAAACCUUGAUCACUUAAAUGCAGAAAUUUGCUAGUUUUAGAGUAUGCGAACAUAUUGCCUUAUUAAAAUAUAAUUUAAAGUCGAAAUCAUUUAUGUCAGUCUUUAAUCCUGAUCACCAAAUCAGAACCAGUGGUUUAUUCUGCAUUUUUUUUUUCUUGAUAACUUGUCGUUUUCGUCAAUUUUGGGCGAUUUCAAGUGGAAAUGUUUAUAUGAUAAACAAACAGGCUUCUAAUUUAUUAAAAAAAUUUGUCCAACUUGAAAAGUCUUGGGCAAACAAGUCAAUGCCAGAAAUUUCCAUGAAACCUUCAGUUUCAGUUUUCAAGAAGUGGAAGCUCAUUUUGCAGCAAUAACUAUUACAAUAUAAUAUGCAAAAUCAAUCUAUAGCUCCAAAACCGUAGGAUUUGUGCCUACCACUGUACAGCCGUAAGAUUUACAGGUUGAUACUAACUAAGGAGAAAGAACAUUUUUCAACUUAUUAUGAUAACGGUUCGAGACUCCCUAACUUCAGGAGCCUGUAUGGUUUUCAUUCAAACGCUUCUUUCUUAAUGUCUUAUCUCUGUUCUCAUUCAAGAACUCAAGACGAAAGAUACAAUCUUUUAAAGUAUUUCUAAGCAUUCAACUACUCAAGCAAUGAUGAUUGAUAAACAACAGCACCCAAGGAUCGAGCAAAAGCUUGCUGGGCAGCUUCACUUGAGAUCCAACUCCAACCUUUCCCCACAUGUUGGAACCUGUUACGGAGGUUUGAAAAGGCUAGCUCUGUUUCAGCAGCGAUUCUCACUAGCAAAAUUUUCAAAUGCAGGGUUACAGUUCCCUGUCAUGCCUGCAUGCAAACCCACAAACUACAUGCAUUCUGCAGGUUCACCAGUGUUCAUCCCAUCGCCCUCGGAGAAAAACUGGGGAAGGUUUGCCACUGAUUUUCUCAUGGGUGGAGUUUCUGCGGCAGUGUCCAAGAGUGCAGCUGCUCCCAUUGAGCGUGUAAAGCUUCUCAUUCAAAAUCAGGAUGAGAUGAUCAAAGCGGGCAGGCUCUCUGAACCCUACAAGGGCAUUGGAGAUUGCUUUGGAAGAACAAUCAAAGACGAAGGGUUUGUUUCAUUGUGGAGAGGGAACACUGCUAAUGUUAUCCGUUACUUCCCAACACAGGCCUUGAAUUUUGCAUUUAAAGACUACUUUAAGAAGCUGUUCAACUUCAAGAAAGACAGGGAUGGAUACUGGAAAUGGUUUGCAGGGAACGUAGCAUCUGGUGGUGCAGCAGGAGCUGUGUCUUUGGUGUUUGUAUAUUCAUUGGAUUACGCUCGAACCCGCCUUGCCAAUGAUGCCAAGGCUGGAAAGAAGGGUGGAGAGAGGCAAUUCAAUGGCUUGAUCGAUGUGUACAGGAAGACUCUUCAAUCAGACGGUGUUGCUGGCCUCUACCGUGGCUUCAACGUCUCUUGCGUUGGAAUCAUUGUUUACCGUGGUUUAUAUUUUGGCAUGUAUGAUUCUCUGAAACCAGUGGUCUUGGUGGGAACUUUGCAGGAUAGUUUCUUGGCUAGCUUUGCUCUGGGGUGGCUGGUUACUAUCAGUGCAAGCAUUGCCUCGUACCCCCUGGAUACGGUUCGCAGAAGAAUGAUGAUGACAUCGGGUGAAGCUGUGAAGUACAAAAGCUCUUUGGAUGCAUUCUCGCAAAUCGUGAAGAAUGAAGGUUCAAAAUCUCUCUUCAAGGGUGCCGCCGCAAACAUCCUUCGUGCAGUUGCAGGUGCUGGUGUGCUUGCUGGUUAUGACAAACUUCAGUUACUUGUUCUUGGAAAGAAGUAUGGUUCUGGUGGGGCUUGAUUACCACAAGUGUCAUAUACUGAAUAUCUGUGGUACCAAAACUGCAUUCAAAGUCAAGUGUUUUAUUUAUUCAU